AUGAUCACCUCAGGCCGUGCCUCAACGGAGCCUACCCUUCUUCCCAAUUCUUUUCCCUCAGCGGAAAAUCUACAAGAAAUAUUACACCGGUACAAAGAGAUUCGACUCAAUGGCUUUCAAACCAAUCCCGAAGCCUUCGUCUCUUCAUAUGAAGAAUCGUUAAAGAAAUCAGACGACACAUGGCGGUCCCAACUACAAAGCCAAUUAAGCAAGACGUUUGUGUCGGUCAUUCAAUCACAAGAAGCACCAAAGAACAGCCACGGGCCUAUAAGCUUUGAGAGUUUCGAUGAUACCCACCCAUCUCUCCAGAAAUUGCUGCAAAAUGACUGGGUUGGCAUCGUUUCGAUCACGGGUCCCAUUCUGUUCUCCAAGCCCAAUACGGCCGCAAAGACAUCACUAAGUAAGCCAUGGGAGACUUUUAUCAAGGAUGGCAAAUACCAGCUACCCGCAAGGCCAUUGGACCCGAAUUACCUUCGAGGGAAAUACAUCGUUUAUGUGCUUGGAGGCUUGUUCGUUUCGCCUCAGGCACGGGGGCAAGGGCGUGCGCGUCAGCUGAUAAAUGCGACGAUCGAAGCAGCCUACAAAGAAGCAAGAGCUUUAGCCAGUUCAAAGGCUAGCAUUGUGAUCCAGGCUGAAGCUGGCAAUACCCGUGCACGUCGACUAUACGAGAGUUUUGGGAUUUGA